AUGGCCGGUAGAAUGCUAAAAUGGUCCCUCGAGUUGUCCGAGUUCGACAUCCAAUACGAAAGCAGAAAGGCCCUUAAAGCACAGGUCCUGGCCGACUUCGUCGCCGAGAUGACAAUCCCCGGGCCUCUAACACCUGCCAACGACGAAUGGACGAUCUUCGUCGACGGAGCGUCCAGCUCGUCAGGAAGCGGGGCAGACAUCAUCCUCGAAAACAACGAAGGAGAAACUCCGUUCAGAUUAACUUACGGGACCGAAGCCGUAAUCCCAGUAGAAAUCCGCGAACCAUCCCGUCGCACCGAGCUCCCUCUCGAAGAAGAACUAAACGACGAGGCUAUGAGGGAAGAACUCGACAUGGUCGAGGAGAUACGCCUCGGAGCGUCACUCCGAGAAACCAAAAUCAAACAACAAAUCACUUUGCGCCACGACGCGAAGGUCAUCAAACGCGAGUUCGAGGUCGGCUCCCUCGUCCACCUCAGAAACAAGAAAGACUCGCGCGACGGCAAACUCGCACCCAAUUGGGAAGGCCCCUACCGUGUCUACGAGAAAACCGAGCACGGAGCCUACUACCUCGAAAACCUACUCGGGGAAAAACUUGCUCGACCAUGGAACGCCGAAAAACUCCAUCAAUACUACAGCUAA